AUGGCAAGUAACAAGCCAGAGGUCGACGCGGAAAUCGUGGAAUUCGUUCGAUCCUGGCCUAACAAAUUGCCACAUUACGUGGCUCUUGCCACUUUCGUCGAAAUGAAGCUUCAUGAUCUCGUGGAGAAAAGUAAUAUUCGCUGUAGAUUCGACGCACGCGCCAAGGAGAGGGAUACUAUGAAACAAUCGAUUCAUCGUAGACAGGCCAAAAGGCAGAAAAGUCUGGGUGUUGACAAAGGCAAGUUCAAAGAUGGGAACGAAAUCCGUGACGCAAUGCAUGAUCUCGCAGGAGUCCGUAUCCGUUUAUACUUCCCUAGCGACGCCGAAAAUGCUCAGGAAAUGAUAAUGGAAGCCUUCAAUCCUCGAACAGAGUUCUGGAAGGAUAAUGUCAAUAUCUUCUCGGGCCUUAAGCGCGACAAGCAGAGAAAUGUAUCAUCGGAAGAUUGGACCAACAGCCGUUCAGCCGGAGAUGAUGAGGACCGCAUGGAGUACGGAGACAGAGACGAGUGGCCACUCGGACUCAAGGCACGGCAUUAUAGAUGCCGUCUGAAUGAAGCCGAUAUUAUGGCCUUCGGCCAAAGGUACAGUGCGAAUGAAGAAGGAAGCCAUGCUAUCGAGAUCCCAGAAGAAGGCUAUGCGUUCGAAAUUCAGGUGGCCUCACUGAUUAUGUAUGCUUGGGCUGAUGUUUAUCAUGAUGUGUUCUAUAAGCCUUACUAUGGGGAAACGACUGAGGACGAGCGCACGUUCAUGGAGAUUGUGAAUGGCUUAGCGCACACUGGAGAGCUGGCACUGGGACAACUCCAGACUUCGUUGCUGCUCAGACAGGAGAUAGAUAAUGCGUCAUUUAAAGAGAGAUGGGCUCUUGGAGAUUGGUUGAGACGAACCUUAGGGUACAGCGCUGAGAUUGAAGGUCUGGGCCUACUCUUUGUCUUGCUUGAUACUCUCAGCGUCAACACCCCUGCGAAGCUCCGGCCAUUCAUCUCAAAAAUCAAGAUCGAUAUAGUUCAGUCUAAUAGUCACAGCAAGCCGCGUGCUUGGGAAGACUCCCUCAGUGGAAUGAGCGAGACCUGCCUUUUGCAAGCUCCUGUAGUGGCGAAUAUCAUUUACCUCAUCUUGAAUUCAAGGCCCCGAAUACUAGUAGCGGACAAGAUUUGCGAUAGGAUGGUAAUAGGCAUGGCUUAUUAUGCCUUCUACGGCUUGACAGAAGGAUGCUAUCCCUUGAAAGAGGAAUCUACGAUAGAACUAAUGCUGACUGAUGACGAAUCCAACCGAGCGAAGGAUAAGUGGCCAGAUGCACACAGGCUGCUGGAGAGAUGGUACAGGAUAGAAUUUCCGAGAAGAUUACAACCAAUCCCCACCGGAACAUUCGAUCUCGCCCUCAGGCUAGCCAGUAAUGGCGUUGUAUUUAGUCCACGGUCCACCUCUUUGACCGGUAAGUGGGUCUGCCGGACGGACAAAUUAACGGAGGCUAGAUCGAAGGAUCACGCAGCCAUGGCAACAGAGGCUCAAGCAGAGAAAGUCUUCAUGCACGAGAUGUACAAAGGCUUUGGUAAUCUUCUAGAGAAGUCUGGGCAUUAUUACAGGGUUUCUUGGUACAACAUCAAUUGGACAGAGAUGUGGGCUUUGAAUGAGAGGAAAAACUUUUUUCGACCAGGGUUCUUUGACUCUUUACCCGAGGAACGAUAUCCCUUAUAUGGCUCUGUCGAUUCAUGGCUCAAGUAG